CAAAGCUGCUUCCUGGGUCUAAAAUGAGGAAUCCGGCUUCCUCCACGGCAUUGAAUAAGACACUGAUUCUCCCGGGGGGAAGCCGUGAUUGGAGGAUGACCUAUCCAUCAUUUCUGACAUCAGAAAUGGCUUGCGACGACCGGAGGAAGCUGGCUGGAGCUGCUGUCAAGUUUAAAAGAUUAAUGAUGAAAAGGGACAAAAAGAGAGAGCUUCUGAUCUGAACCAAAAGCUUCAGCACGAUGCCGAGGAGGGAAAAAGGAUCAUGGAAGAACCACUGGGAAGAGAAGGACUGAUGACUCUGAAAACCAGCCAUUUAGGGCACUCGCAUCUCUCUGAUUCAGAGAAUGAAGAACCAUUGCUUGGUAGGAUCUCUCAUCGAUCAGCUUUUGUUUUAAAAGGCAACUGUAACACUCUGACCUCUCUGGCCUGGAACAUUAAUUCCAAGAUUGAAAGGAGUCAAAGCUGCAAUGAUACGUUGAAUGAAAGUGGUUUACACAGCAAGAGGAGGACAACACUAGCUGAAAAAGCCAAGGUUCACACUGGAGGUUUUACAUCCACUGGCAUUCUUGGUGUACUGUUGUCUAAAGAGAACAGUCGUUCUUUCUCUGCUCCAGUGCUAACUUCUGAGAAACGACUCUCCGUAAACUCUCUCACCUCCUUUACACCUCUACAUAAGCCAGAGAGAUCCAUUAGUCCAGAGAGUAAUGACAGCAUUUCUGAAGAACUGAAUCAUUUCAAGCCAAUAGUCUGUUCUCCCUGCACGCCACCCAAAAGGCUUCCUGACGGUAGAGUUUUAAGUCCCGUUAUCAUAAAGUCGACUCCAAGAAACCUGAGGAAGAGCCUACAGAAGCCCACCACAUAUGAGGCAAGCCCAGUGAUUUUAAAGAAAUGGGAGCAAGUCUUCCAGGAGCGUCAGAUGAAGAGGACUCUGUCCAAGGGUACAUUGACAACAUCAACUGGAGUUGAAGAUGCUCGCACCCAGAACAAUAAUUUACCUUCCAAAAAGAAGCUAAAUCUCAAUGUGAUAGUAAGCAGUACCAAUGUUAUUGCGCAUGGGGAUCUUGAACCUUCUUCCAGUAAGGAACUGGGUCCACAAACUAACAAUGAUAAAAACAUAAAUUUAUCUGCCAGCGAGUUCCUCAGUGAUUCAAAUCAUAUGUCUGAGGACAGCACUACUAAAGAACAUAUGGAUACUGGCAAAGCCACAGCCCAGCAGUUAUCAAAAGUAAAGACACUACCUCCGUGUAAGUGUUUGGGAGAUGCCUCAAUGAAGCCACCAGUGACUCGACCUCACAAAAAACAUUCCCAGACAAAGACCAUGCAAAAUGGCCUUGCUGGGGAAAAUAUUACUCUUGUGUUUCCUCAGCGUAGGGGCCAGAAGAGGAGAUGCAAAACUAAGCACUUAGAACAAAAUGGUUCUCGUAAGAGAUUAAAACUAAAGUGUGGGGACAGCUGCACACAGGGCUUUGAGCUGCUCUUGAGGGAGGCUGAGAAGAGGUUGCACCAAGAGGAGGAAGAUAAAAAGUUUGCACUAAAACUUCAACAAAUGUUUGACAAAGAAACACGGACGGUCAAUCGAUGUAAAGGGAGUAGAGAUGAAUACCCAUUGCGCUCAAAAAGCACUGCAGGUGCAAACUAGCACUACUAGAUAACUUUGCCUUUUUGCUUUUUUUAAAAAAAAAACCUAAUUAUCCAAAUGAUAUAACUAUUUUUAUCACUUUUUUUUUUUUUUUUUUUUUUUUUUCCCGUCUAUAGACUUUAACAGAAAUGGGUAUUUUAUUAUCUAAAUUUGUAGGUAUCUGAUGUGUACAGCAUGAGCGCUUUAAUAUUAAACUGAAUCACCAGUGAUGCAGAGCUGCUGUUAUAUGGUAUUGAAGACUGAACUGUAAAUAUUGAUCACUUUUCUUAAAAUUGUGUGCGCUGAUGCUUAACCCCUUGGCAGCCAAGGGUUUGAACAUUUAUCUAUUUUAGCCACUUAUAGCAAGGGCUGUACACAAUACUAUGCAGUGUUUAUGCAUAAUACUACCAUGUGGUGGGUGGGCAAACGGACAUAGUGUCUUCUCUAACCAACCUUAUCAUGGAAUGUUAUCUCCAUUAAUAAAGCCUGGAACUUGGCCUUGUCUGUGUAGAAGAGACACUUGGUACAUUGUGAUCCACUGACGACGUUGGCUUUAUAUGUUCAGUGUUGCUAUUUCAGUGUUAAACACUAAAUUAUGGUUCAUCUAUUUUUUCAAAUGAAAAUCAUAUGUUCUCUAAUGCCAAAAUGACAAAUGAGUAGAUUAACAUUUUAUAAAUAAAUGGGACCUGCACACUUCA